AUGACAUCGAAAUGUGCCUCCCAUCCUGCUAAUCUGGCAACAAUUUUGUGUGAAACCUGCAAGAGGAAAAUAUGUUUGGAGUGUAGCAGCCAUGAAAAGCAUACACAAAUACAAAUGAAGGAAGUUGAUAAAGCUAUAGGUGAGUUAGCUUCCGAACAAUAUUAUGUCAUUAAUGCUAUCAAAUCACUGGAAAAGACAGCAAAGACAAGGAUGGAUAAUGUUAUUCAAGAGGUGCAAAAGACCGGUAACGAAAUGGUUCAGAAGAUUGCGAAUUAUCGUCAAAAUGAGACAGAAACAACGAAAUUAAUAGAUGACAUUUUGAAGGGAACAAGUGGUUCGAUCGAAGAAAAAUACCUGAAAGCAAAGGAGCUGAAAUCAUCUAAAAGUCAAUAUACGCGCUCCAAGCGUCUAGAGUUUAUCCAGUCAGAGUAUUACAUGCACAGUAUACCUAAAGUAAUUGGUCGCUUAGAAUGGGUAACUGAAGAUCAAGAACUUGCCGAGCUUUGUUCCUUCAAUACUUCAAAAAAAAAUUUUAUCAGGUCGAUCUGGCCCGUCGACUCAUCGAAGGCAUGGAUACUGCAUUACGACGGCGAAGCAAUACAUCUCAUAGAUUACAACGGUCAAAUCCUUGAAUCACGGAAUAUGGGGGAGCGCGUUGAUGACUUCUGCUUAUCUCCCGUCGGUGAUGUACUAUACACAACAUGGAAUGGCUGUGAGCUAAAGAAAUUACCAAAGGGCGAAGAGUCGUUAUCUCUGCACAAAUUCGAUCCAGCUUACACCACAAGAGGCCUUUGCUUCAAAGGUGAAGAUGUCAUAGUGUGCCUGUGUUCGAAAAGCCAAUCGAAACCGACUAGGUUGGCGAAGAUGUCUAUUUCAAAUAGAACAGCUAAAGAACUUGAAUGCACUGCGCAAAGCGGCUUCUUCGAACCUGGUCGUGUGAGCUGUACUCUGGGUGGUGUCAUGGCUGUCAUCGACUGGAAGGAUACUGGUCGAUUCGUAAACGUAAUUGACAGGGACGGAAACAGUAUAUCAACUUGGAAGGGGGAAAUGAAGUCAGAAUCGAACAUUUCUCCAUUUGCACCAUUUGAUGUAUCCUUCUGUAACAUCAACAACGAAAAACGAUUUCUCGUUACACUCACGGGGUCUGGUUGGAACAAGGUUUGUUCCGUAGAUGUGAGUGGCAAAAAUGCAAAGUGCAUCUACACUGCAGAAGAAAGAUCUUGUAAUGGCGCAAUAGCAACAGAUCCGGAUGGCCACAUUUGGAUUGGUGACGAAAAAGGUAGAAUUCACAUCAUGGCGGUUUUAGCAAAGGCAUAA